AUGAGGUGUCAGACUUCGAUUGGUCGAGUUGCUAGCUUCAGAGUUCAGAGUGUUUUGUUUUUGCUGCUUCUUGACCCUCUACCUUCCCUCACUGCUCUUCGAAAAAUUAGACUGUCACAUCUAUCUAAGAUAACAAUGGCCGGCGAAUCUUCCGGCAAGGACUGCGACGGUAAAGCCGCCGGGAAAAUCCAGCGAAAAUUGGGUCUUGUUUACGACGAGACGAUGUGCAAACACGACACACCAGACGGUGAGGUUCACGUAGAGUGUCCCGACCGCAUCAGAGUUAUCUGGGAAAAGCUUCAGCUCGCCGGAGUCACUCAAAGAUGUAUGGUUCUUGGUGGUACCAAAGCGGAAGACAAGCAUCUUAAAUUGGUUCACACAAAGAAACAUGUUAACUUAGUGAAGAAUAUUAGCACAAAACAGAGAGAUUCUCGGAGAGACAAGAUUGCUUCACAGUUGGAUUCGAUAUAUAUGAAUAGAGGUUCAUCUGAAGCCGCAUAUCUUGCUGCUGGAUCUGUUGUUAAGGUGGCAGAGAAAGUUGCAGAAGGAGAGUUAGAUUCUGGCUUUGCUAUUGUCAGGCCCCCAGGACACCAUGCUGAGGCAGAUGAAGCCAUGGGUUUUUGUCUAUUCAACAAUGUUGCCGUUGCUGCUAGUUAUUUACUAAACCAAAGACCGGAUCUAGGUAUCAAGAAAAUUCUGAUUGUUGAUUGGGAUAUCCAUCACGGAAAUGGUACACAGAAGAUGUUCUGGAAAGAUCCCCACGUACUAGUAUUCUCUGUUCAUAGGCAUGACCAUGGAAGUUUUUAUCCAUCGGGUGAUGAUGGGGAUUAUAACAUGGUUGGGGAAGGUCCAGGUGAAGGGUUUAACAUAAACGUUCCAUGGGAACAAGGUGGAUGUGGAGAUGCAGAUUAUCUUGCGGCAUGGGACCAUAUCUUGAUUCCUGUGGCGAAGGGAUUUAAUCCUGAUUUCAUUUUGGUUUCAGCUGGAGUUGAUGCAGCUAUCAAUGAUCCGCUCGGGGGUUGUUGUGUUACACCAUAUGGAUAUUCAGUUAUGUUGAAGAAGCUGAUGGAGUUUGCACAAGGAAAGAUAGUGCUAGCGUUAGAGGGAGGGUACAAUCUUGAGUCAAUGGCAAAGUCUGCACUCGCAUGUGUCCAAGUUUUGCUUGAAGAAAAAACAACUCAAUGGUCUUCUGGAGCAUAUCCAUUAGAAUCUACAUGGCGUGUUAUACAAGCGGUACGCAAGCGACUAUGUGCAUAUUGGCCUUCACUUGCAGAUAAAUUAUCGUCGAAGCUGAUUAAUCAGAAAACUCGUACUCCAGUUGGGAACCUUUCUUCUUGUCUACCAUCAUCUACAGUUAGUGGCGCUAGGGCAGAAGGUCCUAACCUAACCGUGCUUCCCUCCUUAGAGAGCACCAGUCAUCUUUUGCCCCACUCACAUCUUUCUGUCGCCAAAAAAAGAAAGGCUCCCGCUUCUGGUUCGACCUUAAGCUAUCGGUUCUCAGAGAUGGAGGAUGUUAUGGUGGACAAGGUUCUCCCGUCUUUUCACGAAGAGCUGAAGGGUAUGGAAUUCGAGGAACGCAUCGCUUUCGGCAAAGAAAGUUCCUUAAAGGCAAUUUUGAUGUUUGAUCACCUUGCUCAAGAGAAUAGGGAGUUGAGGUACAAAUGUUCUGCUGCUUCUGACGCGUUGAUGGCGUCUAAUGAGAAUUUAAAGAACCUCAGUGCAGAAAGAAACUCAGCUGACGCUCUCUUUCGCCGUGAAGUGGAAGAGUUGAAGUCUCUAUUGGCUGCUCGAGAUGGAGAACUGGAGGCAAGUAGAAAAGAGUUAAAGGCCAAAAAGAAGGAGCUAGAAACAAAAGAGAAAGCGCGGCUAAUGUUGGUUCGGGCUCGGGAGGAUGAUAUUCGUGGUCUUCGUGCUAAAAUAGGAAGUUUGGUGCAGGAGCGAGAUGAGGCAGUAGUAAAAGCUGAACAUCUAGAUAAGGAACUCCAAGAUGAUAGGUUAAGAAACCGAGUUGGGAAUGGAUCUCACGAGUCCAAUGAAGACAUGGACUCGGACAAGCUCGAACCCAUGUCUCAGGAGUUCAAUGAAGACACGGACUCGGAAGAUCUCCAAAGCCUUGAGGACUUCAAGAAAACCUGGGAACGUAUUAGAGAGAAUUGGAUAACAAGCAUUAAAAACUUAAAGCAAGUGGGGAUUCUUGCCACCAUCGCAUCAGGUAUCACCAAUCAGUACCAAGUGUAUCGUCGAUGGGAGAGGCAGGGUACUCUACUAGGUUGGGAGCUUGAGGUCGCAGCAGAAAAAUACCACAACCUUCGCGCGUUUCUUGAUAAGGUCGGGCAGAGCGACGUUUACCCCUCUGUAGAAGUGUAUGAGAAGAGCUGGAACGAUGUUCUUGCUAGCCAUCGCCCACCUGUGGUGACUCGUGAAGACGCCUCUUCCCCAGCAGUCACAGUAAGCACUAAGCGUAAGAACCGGAAAAGGGUCCGGCGCAACGACUCAUAAUAAAACACUAAGCAUCAUAAUAAAACACAUAUCUCGAUUUUGUAACAACUGUGGAGUUUCAUUGUAACCACACGACCUUUUUGGUGAUUGUAACCAAACAAUGUUUUACUUGACAAGUAACG